AUGUUCGAUAUGCAAAGAGUUAUAAUUGUUGUACAGAGUUCACCGGAAACUCAACUACCAAUUUCUGGAACUAAUCCAAAUAAAAUUUAUCAACCAGAGACUAAUUUAUAUCAAUAUGCCAUUAAACAUAAAAUGGAUCCUGAAGAAUUUUCAGUUAUUACAGAGGCUGAGAAAAAUAUAUGGGCCAUGGGAUGCUUCCGUGAUGACCUGGAGAAAGAUAUACACUGUUAUCAAGGUGGAAUAAAUAGGAAGGAAGACCCUAGAAAAUAUCAUAAAUUUUUAACAAAUCGGGAAAGGCUAGUUGGUGAAGAAUUAUUAUAUCAUG